UUUCGAGAAAUUUGGAAGUCAUGCUGGGUCUAAACUUACGUGAAAUGGUUUCCCCUAUGACAUAAUCUUAUUUCUUGUAAAUUAUGUUAAUGAACUUUAAAGCUAAAACUGCUCCAUGCUAAACCACGUACGAAAUCUUUAAACUAAAAAUAACAAAUGUUGCUUUAUCCAGUUUUUAUUUACUAGUUCAUGAUUAAUAUAUUGGUCCACAGCGUUAAAUCGACUUUUAUUUAUAAAAAGAUAGAUAUUUUACAUGGGUACCCUCACAAAUAUCGAGGGAUAUACCCUGUCUAUUAUUUUCAGGAGGGGCCAUGGCUUAGAUGUUUAGUCCUAGAGUAUUUAAUUCUCAUUUUGAGCUACGGCAAACCCAAUUAGGGCCUGCACUCUACUAGACAACUCCCAGCAACAUCCAACGGUCCACACAGUAAGCCAUCUGCCCAAUGGCUCGCACAUGGCUUGGGUUAACCCGGGGCUAUGGUAACAUUUACUCGCCCAUGUUGAAUCGCCGUCAAAAGGAAUUGAACCCAGGUCUCCCGCACAGAGUAUGAGAGCUAUAACCACUAAUCUACGGCGCCAUAAUCUAAAGGUGAAAAGGUUUAACGUUCAAUAAAAGUCAAAAUUAUUGAAACAUUUCAUAUAAAGCAUCAUCAACUAAAUCAUAGACUAAAAAUAUUAUUUUCUCCUUGGAGGUGUAAUUUUGUUGUCCUUAAAUUACAAAGGCCGUUUGUUUAGGAGUUUAGAUUUCACAGGCAACAGCGGUCAUAUCGGGCCGUGCCCUCAUCUCUAAAAUUGAAUCAAAACAAAUAUGGUAGCGAUUCUGCGAAGAAAGUGCGUUGAGAGAAAUAAAUAAAAUGGAAGAUUCGGCUGAUAAAAAAAGAAUUGGUUGUAUGUCGAUUGCAAAAAUUAGUCUGAAAAGAAGAAGGCAUAGAGUACAUGACGAUAAAAUAAAAGAACUAAAAGAUUUACUCAAUCAAGUUUGCCUGCUUGAACAUCCGCAUAUUGUCAAAUACCAUGAAUAUUGGAUUGAAGAAGAUACAAUGUGUGUAAUGACAGAAUGCUUGUCACCAAAUAACUUACACAAUUAUCUGCGCAAAAGGCGAAAAGAGGAUAUUCUCUUAGACGAGCAGGAAAUUUUAAUAUACUUCCUGCAAAUUGCAGAAGCAACAAAGUACCUACACAAUCAAGGUUUAACAUUGAAGGGUAUCACAAUGAAACACUUUCUGAUGUAUGACAACAACGUCCUCAAAUUAAACAUGCCAGUUAUCUCUGAGUUUGAGGAAGAAACAAGACUGCCUACGACAUUGAUGUACAUCCAUGAAGCAAGAUAUUAUCAACAUCCUGAAACUGUCUUAAAACCGGAAAAGCACACUAAGGAGACAGAUUUAUGGCCUUUGGGUUGCCUUCUACAUGAAAUGCUCACUUUGAGAAAAACAUUUAAUGUUGAAGGUUGUACGAGUAGCAGAGACAAAUUUUUCCAGGUACAUAAUAAAAUCCGCUACAUUCAAUACGAACAAGUAUCAUACAAAUAUAGUGAAGCUAUACGACAGCUGGUUGCAAGUAUGUUUGAUCGUGACCCAACAAGACGUCCAAGCAUUGAUCAAAUUUUGGGUGUACUAAAUUCUAAGAAGCGUUCCAAUUCAACUGAUAUGGAAACAGAUGCUGAUAGUGUUCCAGAAAAGCGAAGAAAAACUUGUGAAGAUGAUAUUUAGUUUCUCAGGUAUUAUUUAUGGAUACUACAUUAACAUCGAAAAAUUUCAGACAUUUGUUUUCGGACACUAUUACAACGAUUUCGGACAAACUUUUGGACAAAUUGAAUUUAUGUUGGAAAAAAAAACACCAAUAUUAAGAAUCUACCUCUAAGAUAAAAUAUCUAUGGAAGAUAAGAUGCGUAGACUAAAUCUGUAAAUGAUGACAAUGACGAUGAUAACGAAUAAGUCGUAUCAUCAAAUAAAAGCGUGUGUUAUCGAUUACUUGCGUGUUUAUUCAAUUAAAAAUAAAAAAUAAAAACACCAUUAAGCAAAUUUUGGGCAUUAAAAAAAUUGGACGCUAAAAAUUCGGACAAUUAGAUUUUCAAGGACACAUUUAUCCGGAAAAAAAAAGUCUGAAAUUUUUUUGUUAAUGCAAAUGUUAUUGUUAGUAUUGUUAAUGUUAUUUUAUAACCAUUCGUGUAACAUCAAGUUUUAUCAACACAAGGUGAAGUGAUAUUUAAGGAGACGCAGUCGAGUAGGUUUUGACAGUAUUACGGAGAUAUUAAAUAAGAAUGACAUGUAUUACGGAGAUAAACUCUCAUUAUGUAUCCAGUUGUUACUACGUUUUAACCUUUUUUAUAAAAUCUAUGUGUUUUCAGGGAAGAAUGCAUUUGUAAAUGUUCACGCAGUUCCCGCCUCAAUAAUUUUAAAAUACCUUUGAACCAAUAUUUAGUAUAUUAAUUAAUUCUAAAACAAAGGAGGAUACAUGAAACACCCAAAUUAAUAUUUUGUCAGUUUUUUUUAUUUUUAUAUCAUUGAU